AGGAGGUGGUCUGACAAUGCAUCAUAUCUGCAACGCCAAUCUAAUGCGUAAUGGCGCCGACUUCUCUGUGUUUGUAAACACAGGCCAGGAGUUUGACGGAAGUGACUCAGGUGCCAGGCCUGAUGAAGCUGUUUCCUGGGGAAAAAUUAAAAUGACGGCUUCGCCUGUAAAGGUUUACUCAGACGCUGCCCUCGUUUAUCCGCUUUUGGUGGCGGAGACCUUUUCCCAGAAUUUUAAAAUGGAUACCUAGGAUUGAAAGAGUGUAAGGGAAAUGGUGAAGAAAAUUAAAACAUCGUUAAUGGAGACAAAUUUUAAAGCUUCGAGUAGGCUUUGAGCUGAAUGAAAAGAUGGCGCGCGUAGUAGUUUGCAUAAACAAAGGUUCCAAUAUUCGUAGGUAGUGGAAAAUAAAUAUAAUACAAUGUCUAGACAACUGCUCACACUUGAAUUCCUGCCGGAACGU